AUGGAUGAUAAACAAGGAGCAGGGAGGACCUGGCUGCUGCUGCGGAGGAUGCUAAGUUUGUGCUGUCUGCUGCUGCCGCUGGUUGCGGGAAUCCAUCCGGAAUGCAAGAUAUUCCAGCAGGUGGUCAAAGAGGAGGCUUUGUGCUUAGAAAAGAAUGAAUCUGUUUCACCUGAUCUGAAAGGAUGCACCAGAGAUUGGGAUGGGCUAACCUGCUGGCCCAGAGCCACUUUUGGGGAAGUGGUUAAAGUGCCCUGUCCAAGAUUUUUUGAAGAAAUCACCAAUAUCCACGGCUUCCUUCAGAGAAACUGUACACAGGAGGCAUAUUGGUCAGAACCAUUCCCACCGUACACUGUUGCCUGUGGAUUUGAUGAAGGUUCCAGCAAAGGGCCUGAGGAACAGAAAUCAUAUUAUUCUGCAUUUUGGCGUGUCUACACUGCUGGCUAUGCAGCAUCAGUGACCUCACUCACUACAGCUCUAAUUGUCUUUGCUGCCUUCAGAAAAUUCCACUGUACACGGAAUUACAUCCAUAUGCACCUGUUUGUCUCCUUUAUCUUGAAAGCAAUUGCUGUUUUCACCAAAGAUGCUGUUUUGUUUGCAGAUGAAACUAUGGACCACUGCCUAAUGUCAACGGUUGCUUGUAAAGCUGCUGUGGCAUUCUUCCAGUUUAGCAUUUUAGCCAAUUUCUUCUGGCUUCUUAUAGAAGGGAUAUACCUGCAAACAUUGCUUCUGCUGACCUUUGUUUCGGACAAGCAGUAUGUAUGCUGGUUCAUAUUUACUGGCUGGGGAGCUCCCACUGCUGUGAUGUUUGCUUGGGUCCUCACAAGAAUCCAUCAACAAAAUACUGGAUGUUGGGACGAUGAUGAACAUGGAGUGGUGCUAUGGAUCAUCAAAGGCCCCAUCCUGCUGACUGUAUUAAUUAAUUUUAUUAUCUUUAUUAAUGUGAUCAGAAUUCUAGUCCAUAAAUUGAAAUCUCAAGAGGGAGGAGGGAGCCAUUCAAGCCACUUUGUGAGACUUGCUAAAUCCACAUUACUCUUAAUUCCCCUCUUUGGAGUGCACUACAUCGUAUUUGCAUUUUUCCCAGAAAGCACCGGCCUGGAAGCUCGCCUUUAUAUUGAGCUGGGCUUGGGUUCUUUCCAGGGUUUUGUUGUCGCUCUUCUAUAUUGCUUCUCAAAUGCAGAGGUUCAAAGUGAACUGAAGAAACAGCUGUGCAGAUGGCAGUAUCAAGAAUACCUGAACUUCACACACAAACAUGGGACUUUGUCCAGAGAAAACAGCCCAGUCAACUAUGUCACCCAGUUGUCACUGCUUGAAAAACUUAGUCCAAAAAGGAAAAUAUCUGUGUGCCAGAAUGGUGUAACUUCUGUCUGAGACUUUCUAGCAGGAGGAGUUGUUGUGACAUUGUAACAUACUACCUAAAAGAUGGGCAACUUGGAUCCUUUACAGCUUUCCAUGGUGUCAAGAGCUUUCUGUGAAUUUCUUGUCUGAGCUGCUAUUCUCACCAGGUCCAGAUCAGUGUCACAACCCUGUCUCUCUCUCCCCUUAAGCAUAUAAAAUCCAUUUAUUUUGUGGUAAAAAGCCAGACUCUAAGCUAGUGUGGAUCAACAGGUUAGCACCCAAAAGAGAGGAACUACAUUAACUUCUCCGGGCCCAGCAUGUUUGUGUUUCCCAAAAUUUCCAAUUUUCAAGAGCAUUAUUCCUAAUCUUCAUUUGAAACAGUGGCGAUACCAUUACUUUUCUAUAGUGAUUGGUGUCAUUUUACUACCUGUUUUGAGAAAACAUGAGCCAGUUUGGUGGGAAUUACACACAGAAACUUGCUAAGCACCUACCUAUGGAGCAGCAACCUCCUUCAACAGGAAUCUCAAGGUGUCUCAAGGGUGACACAAGAAGAGAACAAAUUACAUUAUCUGCUAGGAUUUUUUUCUUCCAUGCCUGUUGAACAGAGAGAUUAAAUUAGGCCAGAGGACCACAAACCUUCUCUUCCCUGUGGAAAAACAUGGAGUAGCUGAACAUUAGGCAGAUUAUGUGCAUAUGGAGGAAGAAAUUAGAGCAAACCCAAUACAGUGUGCCAGCCUGGCUACCUUGAGCUCAGAAUUUAUUUUAUUCUAAAUUACUCAAAAUUCAAGUUUUUAAUUGAAAUAAAAAAUAAUUUAUCUCAGUGCCCAGAUGCUGGCCCUUGCCUAGCUGGAAUAGACCUUCUGCCACCCUAAUCUUGAAGACUGGCUGGAUCCAUCAAAAUACACAAUUAAAUUGUGCUUUUUUGGAGACUUCCCUUUGAGGACUAACCUGCUGUGAUUGUCUCAGUCCUGCCCAUCUUCUCUCAGCUCAUUAUCACACUACUCAGUGAUGUUCCUGGGGUCAGAAUUACCAACACAGCAGGGUGGUCUAGUGACGCAAAGUAUGGUCUAGUAAACCAGAGUGAACCGAUGUUGUGCUUGCAUUGCUUCUUUGGGUGGCUGCCUUCUUUAUUCAGGACCGAGCUGGACUCUUACCUCAAACCCUCCAAAAGUAUAGACAGGGCACGCAAGGUACACUAGACAUAGCUACGGUUCCUUUCAAGAUAGGACCAUUCCCAGGACAACCAGCAUUCAGGCUUGAAAGCGCUGCUAGAGACUGUGGCCACUGAAGUACAUGUUGGCUUUCUGUGAACUGCAGUUUGAGUUUGGCUUCAAAAACUAGGGCUCCAGCCCCUCAUUUUACUCUGCUCUUGGUUAAUUUAGGUAAGGAGACAGUUCACAGAAACCUCUUUGUUGAUUUUAGGUGCUUCAUCUCUAGUUCCAUUACUAGAGCAGAGACUAAUUGUCCAGAUUUCUAUACGAUUCAGAUUAGUCCUUUAUUAAUUAGGCAUUUAACCAUCUGUCCCAAUGAAUUAGAUGCCCUCUAUAAGGCAUUACUUUGUCUAUUCUGACCUCCUUAUAAUUUUUCCUGUAGAAAUGACCUUUGCUCUUGUGUUGAAUUUGUUGCCUAGCAUAGUGAUGUGAACACAUUUGUAUGAUGUAUAUCUAUAAAAUGUGAGUGAUAAUUA